AUGACAGAAAUGAAUUUUCGAAGUCGUUCAUUUUUACUUUCGCAUGUUCAACGUAUACUUGACUUCUAUGAUAAAUCUGUUGAUCCAGAAGGUGGUUUCUAUCAUUGUUAUGAAGAUGACGGAACGGUUUAUGAUUCACAUACUCGACAUUUAGUAUCGUCAACACGAUUUAUUUUUAAUUAUGCUAAGGCAUAUCUCUAUUUUGGUAAAGAUGAUUAUCUUAAACGAACACGUCAUGGUCUAGACUAUAUUCGAAAUACUCAUCGUAAUCCCAAAACAGGUGGUUAUGCAUGGGCUAUUUAUGAUGGAAAAAUAAUUGAUGAUACGAAUCAUUGUUAUGGUUUAGCCUUUGUUAUGUUAGCAUAUGCAUGUGCAUUACGUAUUGGCAUUGAAGAAGCACGUGAAUGGCUUCGUGAAACGUAUGAUUUAAUGGAAAAACAUUUUUGGCUACAAGAAAAAGGUUUAUAUGCGAGUGAAGCAACAAGUGAUUGGCAAUUAAACGAUUAUCGAGGACAGAACGAUAAUAUGCAUGCAUUCGAAGCUAUGCUAGCAGCAUACGAAGCUACCACUGGUGACAUUUAUUUAGAGCGUGCAAAAACUUUAGCGAAAGUAAUGACAGAAAAUUUUGAAUAUAAUAAAGAUGUUCGAACAAAUAAUUUUCGUCCAUGGGGAGUUCAAACAGGACAUCAAACUCAAUGGGCAAAACUUUUACUUAUACUUGAUCGACAUGAUCCACAGCCGUGGCAUCUUGAACGUGCUAUUCGUUUAUUUGAUCGUGCAAUGAAAUAUGGUUGGGAUGAAAAAGACGGUGGAUUAGUUUAUGGCUAUCGUCUUGAUGGAAGUUUAUAUGAUGGUGAUAAACAUUUUUGGGUCCAGUGUGAAAGUUUCGCAACGGCUGCUCUACUUGGUGAUAGAUUGAAAGAUGAAAAAUAUUGGAAAUGGUAUGAUAAAAUAUGGGACUAUAGUUGGAAAUAUUUUGUUGAUCAUCAAUAUGGUGCAUGGUAUCGAAUAUUAACACCAGCAAAUGAAAAAUAUUCCGAUGAAAAGUCGCCAGCAGGAAAAGUAGAUUAUCAUACGAUGGGUGUUUGCUAUGAAGUACUCAAUGUUAUUGGCAACGAGUAA